AUGAAUUUGUAUCUAUUUCUGAGUGUCGCUGUCAUAUUCUGCUUUCCAACAGAAGAUCUAGUGAAAGAUUAUGCUAAAUUCAAUAUUCCGUAUACAGGAUAAUGGUUUUCAGGAUACUUGAGAAUUAAUGAUGAUGGGAGCAAGUAGUUUCAUUACUUCAUGUUUCCACAACAAAACAAGAAUUUGACUGAUGAAAGUCCAGUAAUUUUAUGGCUGAAUGGAGGGCCUGGGUGUUCUUCACUCUAUGGUGCUCUGAAUGAGAAUGGUCCAUUUGUAUUCAAUUUAGGCACUAAUGAUUUGAGAGUCAAUUCCUACUCAUGGACAAACACUGCACAUAUGUUCUAUUUGGAAUCUCCAGCCACAGUUGGGUUUUCAUAUGGUGAUGAGCACACUAGUGACGCAAGUUCGGCCAAAGACAAUUUACAAGCAGUGAUCCAAUUCUUUAAUAAGUUUCCUGAACUUAGCACUCAUCAAUUUUAUAUCAGUGGAGAGAGUUAUGCUGGCACUUACAUUCCAUUAUUAGCGAAUGAGAUCAUAGAAUAUAAUAAAAUAGCUACCAAAAGGAUAAAUCUUAUUGGAUUGAUGAUUGGAAAUGGUUGUACCGAUUACACCGAAUGCACAAUUGAGGCCAAGAGAUUCCCUAUUCACAAAUUCGAGUUCAUGCACAGUCAUCAUUUGAUAAGUGAGAAGUUGUGGGAAGAAAUCGAUGCCCAAAGAGACAAUUGUUUCAAUUCAACAGCUUAGUAUUGCAAGGAUCUCUAUGCCAAAACCUAAGAGGAAAUCAAUCUCAACUACGAAUUUUAUUACAAUCCCUAUAACAUCUAUGGAAAGUGUUACCAAAUGCCAAUCACCAAAUUCAAUGGAGAAACCAUCCAGAGGUCCAAAAUGACUCUUGAUCCAUUUGAUAGACAACCAGGAACAGUCCCAUCCUGUUCUGAAGCCCAAGGACUGUUCUACUACUUUACCAACCCUGAGUUCCUCAAAGCCAUCAAUAUUGAUACAUCCAAACUGACCAAAGAGUGGGAGGAUUGCAGUAGCACCAUCAAAUACACAAAGGAUCCAAGAGCAACCUAUUACUUAUAUCCUAAAUUAAUUAAGACUGGACUCAAAAUACUUAAGUUUAGUGGAGAUGUGGAUGGAGUAGUACCAAUCACAGGGACAUUCUUCUGGUUGAAUAAUUUGUAGAAUGAAAUUGGCUUGCAUACAAUUGAGCCAUGGAGAUCUUGGACUAUUCCAGGCAAUAAAAGUGGAGAAGAUUAGAAUGCAGGUAACGUAUGGAUCUUAGAUGGGUUGUGGUUUGUGACUAUAAGAAAUGCUGGACAUAUGGUUCCAAUGGAUUAACCUAUGGCUGCAUUGAUCAUGAUAAAUAAUUUCAUCUACGAUAUUCCCUUGCCUAAUUGA